AUGGAACGUCAUAUUGUGGUACGUCAAAGGAGAGCAGAAGAAAAUGAUGCUGUCAUAAGUAAUACAAGGAAUAGAAAUAGCUUCUCAGGUUCAAAUAGUAAUGAUGAUAUGGAGGUUAUAUCAAUAUCUAUAUCUAUCUAUCUAUCUAUCUAUCUAUCUAUCUAUCUAUCUAUGAGCCUGUCUUUAUAUCUAAUGUUACUUUUUUGUCUGUCUGUCGGUCUAUCCAUCUAUCUCAGUCUGUUCUUAACCAUAUCUAUCUAUCUAUCUAUCUAUCUAUCUAUCUAUCUAUCUAUCUAUCUAUCUGAUAUAAUGGAAUAUGCAUACGCCUGUGACAUAUCACAAUCUAUCUAUCUAUCUAUCUAUCUAUCUAUCUAUGUCUUCACUUCAUAUCUAUCUAUCUAUCUAUCUAUCUAUCUAUCUAUCUAUCUAUCUCAAUCAUCAGACAACUUCCAACAGCUUUGGUUAGACAAUAUAUCUAUCUAUCUCUGUUCAUUUCUUUCUUUCUUUCUUUCUUUCUUUCUUUCUUUCUUUCUUUCUUUCUUUCUCCGUUCAUUUCUUUCUAUCUAUCUAUCUAUCUAUCUAUCUCUGUUCAUUUCUUUCUUUCUUUCUUUCUUUCUUUCUUUCUUUCUUUCUUUUUAUUUCGUUUAUUUCUAUCUAUCUAUCUAUCUAUCUAUCUAUCUAUCUAUCUAUCUAUCUAUCUAUCUUAGCCUUUUCAUAUCUAUCUAUCUAUUUAUCCAUUUUCUGAUAUUUCAUCUAUUUUUUUUAUCUAUCUAUCUAUCUAUCUAUCUAUCUAUCUAUCUAUCUAUCUAUCACUGUCCAUUAUAUCUUCGUUCAUUUCUAUCUAUCUAUCUAUAUAUAUAUCUAUCUGUUCAUCAAUCUAUCUGUCUGUCUAUCUUUCCUUUAUAUCUAUCUAUCAAUAUGUCUAUGUCUAUUACGCCUUAUCUAUCUAUCUAUCUAUCUAUCUAUCUAUCUAUCUAUCUAUCUAUCUAUGUCACUUCCUACCUAUCUAUCUAUCUAUCUAUCUAUCUAUCUAUCUAUCUAUCUAUCUAUCUAUCAUAUUUCACUCACUUGCUAAGUUUUUACAUAACCCUAUCUAUUAUUUCUUCAUAUCUAUCAAUAUAUUUCUCUCUGCUAUUCAUGUCUGUCUAUCUAUCUAUCUAUCUAUCUAUCUAUCUAUCUAUGGCUUCUCAUAUCUAUCUGUGUUUUUUCAUAUCAAUCUCACUUACUUCAUAUCUAACUGAGCUUGUUUAUAAACCUAUCUAUCAUAUUUAA